AAUCUGGUUCGGUGGUGAUUUUUUUAACAACUCAAAUUGAAUAAAUUUUUCUUUAUUUAUUCCCUCCAAGGCACUUAACUUUCGCGAAAAUUUUACACUGGUAUGACAGAAAAUGAACAGUUGUCGUGGUUACCUAAUCAUAGCGAGGAGGCCGAAACUCGAUUAUCAUGGAAGAAUAUGCAUCUCGCCAGAUCGAAAUUAAAGGCGACCAGCAGAACAUCGGCCCUUUUAUCAGGUUUCGCAAUGGUCGUAAUGGUUGAGUCCGAUACCAAAAAUGUUAACGAAGGCUUAUUAAUCGCGUUUAGUGUAUGUACAACUCUAGUGGUUGCGGUACAUCUAUUAGCGUUGAUGAUAAGCACCUGUGUUCUUCCCAAUAUAGAAGGAGUUCUAUCCCAGAACGAACUCAAUUCAGUUCACGAAUCUCCCCAUGUACGAAUGCGAUACUAUAUUGAUAUUUCUUGGAUGCUCUCCACAUUCAUCGGUAUCUUACUCUUUCUGGUCGAUAUUGCAAUUCUAGGUUGGAUUAGAUUUAGCAAAUUAGAAACUAGUAAUGGAAAAUACAAAAGUACAACUGGAGCUGCGACAGCGUCAACAGUUAUUAUCAUGCCUGCAAUUGUCAUUUUUAUCAUAUUCGCUGUGUUGUUCUAUAGAGAAUUAAUUGCUCAUCGUGUAGAAACAACUGCUAAUAAAUUCAAAGAGUUACAAACGAUGAUGUCUCAGUUACAACAUGUUUAA